UGCACUGAACCGAGCGCGUCUAGGUUGCUUCACUCCCCGCCGCCGGUCUCUCGCGUCGCGCCUCUCCAACCCAUCCCGCCAGCCACGCUGCUCGCCGCCGACCCGUUCCGCUACCUCCGCCGACCACGGGACUCACCAAUUUCCUCGCGCCGACGACGCCUCCGCGACGACCGCCGUCGAGCUCUUCUUCUCCGGCCGCGUACCCAACUCUCCCGUGGCAGGGCCCCGUGCAAUGCAGCCUGUCGAGGACAUGGAUCAGAUCGUGGUCAAUCGUGCUAGAAUUGACCACCAGACGCACCUACACUUGCGUACGUCUGUGGUGCCGAUCCUAAUCUAUUAUAACAGACAGCCCAUAUCGGGUAAGCCAAAAGAUUUGAGUCAACCAGCGGGUCUUUUUCCUGGCAUUGUUACUGUUUCUGCUGGAAACUUUUGUCAUAUAAUAGCAGCUGCAAGGUCACUCUUUCCAAGAAUUCCAGAUCUAUUCAGAUUUGAAAUUCUCUUUCCCAAUGGAACAACCGUAGACACCAGGAACAUUGUUGUAGAACAAGGAGAAACAUUGACCGCUUUCUUUGUCUUUGGUUCAAUUGGAGAUGUCAAUGAAGUGCGGUUUGUUGAUCAACCUGUUUCACGAAAUCAUAGCAUCAAGAUGUUUGGAUAUUAUCUUAGUCCAUUUCCACCAAGGCUACCCAUAAGUGAAUUAUGUGAUGGAUUUGCCAGCCAUCCAGGUGAUCGAUUUUUUCGACACGACUGCACACGAUCACAUAUUUCUGCUCGUGGGUCAGCUGUUUUCAACGACCAAGAAAGAUUGGUUGGCAUAUCAUAUGAGCGUCAUGGUUUAACAAAGGCCCUGGAUGUCGAGGGCAUAAGAUAUGAACUUUUACAGAUUUACGGAGGAAUGAAUGAGAUGUCCAUUUUGCAGAUUGUAGAACAUAUAAGAGCUCUAGGUGAAGUAAGAGCUGCGAAUCUUGCAGGCCCUUCUUGAUGGAAUGGGCAUGCCUGAUGCAUGUCGUAGCUAGACCUCUAGAUGGGAUCGCAGGUGCGAUUGGAAGCCAUGUACACUUGCUUGAGUUGCUUCCGCAGGAGCCAGAAUGAUCAUUUGCAAAGCAACAUCGUCCAGAGAAGUGCAGGGUUUUUUUCUUCUACUCCCUCCGUUCGGAAAUACUUGUCUUAGAAAUGGUUGUAUCUAGAACUAAAACAAGUCUAGAUACAACCAUUUCUAAGACGAGUAUUUCUGAACGGAGGGAGUAUUAGACAUAAUAUGGAUCCCAUGUACUGAUCUAGAGUGUAUGUACUAGUUAACGCUUGCGUUAAACAAACCCAUCACAUGGUCAUGUAUGUAAUUUUCGGGUGUGGUUUGUAUCCUGACAGAUUUCUGUGACGGUAGAUGAGCGGUGACAUUGCGGUAGAUGAGUAUGUGUAUUCA